UCCUGUGCCGUUUCCGCAUAGUCGAUCUCUUCAUUGGACUGCCUUUUCCUGGGCACUGUGGGACUGAAACAACAAACGUAACAAGUCGGCAGCCGCUAGAAAGCAAACCAUCGAUGCACAACCUCAAGCGAGCACAUCAGAAACUCACCUCUCUGUCUCCGAGUCGCUAGAAAUCUCUUCGUUGUAUUUGGAGUUGGAUUUCUUCGCUCGCACUUUGCUCUUAGCACCAGAAUCCCCAUCACCCUGCAGCAGGAGAAAACAAAAAGUUGAUAACGACUAAGGACUACAUCUAUCCCUAAAACACUGUAAAAACAUACUGCUGAACAACAGGUUAGAUAAGAUUUUUUUUGUUUAUAUUUGUAUCCCCCAUGCCACCUAAGAGAGAGGCAGGAACGUCUCAAGCACAGCCGCCAAUGAAGAUGAUAAAGAUCGGCACAGGUGAACAGGAGUUUGGCAGCGAUCCAGUGGAGGAGAAGUACAGGUUGACUGAAGAGUCCAGCUACUCACCUUUUAUCAACAAUGAGAAUGAUACCAUUGAAUUUGAUGAAGAAAACAUUGGAAGUCCAGGCAUCAGAACAGACCCCAUCACUCUCCUCAUGAAAAUAGAGCAACUGCAGGCACAGCUCAAAUAUGAACGCAGAUGUAGAAUUUUGGCUGAGAGAGAGCUGAGGGAGCUGAAAGAGAUGAACACUCUCAUGAUGCAGAUGAGGCACACAGCACAUGAACUACGAGUAACACUGGAUCACGUUCUCCAAGGAGGCGAGGCAGCAGUUGCACCACAGAACUCUCAAGAUGAAACCAUCUCUUUCCUGGCUGAGCCUGAGGCAGAGAUGAGAGCGGUUCAUAAUAUCCCAGAGGAUGACCACAACUUCCUCCUUCUCUCUGAGAAUCUUCGAGUACCAAAAAAUCUUUAUGAGCGCAUUGCAGAGAUUGCAGACUACAAGAAGUACACUUCAGCGCUGCUCAUGAUACUUUUUGACAGAGAAACGUUAGCCACGCACUCUCUGCAGGGCCGGAGAAACACCUUUGCAGGAGAUGACUGCCACAAGCCACAACUUCCACCUGAGAUCUUAAGAAGUAUAAUUGAUCAUGUUUCAGUCAAGUUCGGCGUUGAUAGCAGCCAAAUAAAAACUGCAAUCAGGACAAAACUGAAUAACGAGGACAAACUAUUAAAGAAGAGGCUGGGUUUGGGUAAAGCCGAAAACAAACCGACUGUCGAUCAAAGCUUUUGCCAAGAUGCUUCACUCUUGCCUGAAAAUGGAGCAAUAGGAAAUGACUCUCAAUUAUAGCAUUUCAAGUCUUCCUUCAUUUGCUGGUCACCAGUUUUUCAUGUCUGACAGAAAUAUGUGACAGGUUACCUUUUUAAUCCACAUCUAGUUCAUUCAGUCUUGAAAUCUAGUGCUUGAAAUCGGUUUAUUUUUUUUACUCUUUAGAAUUCUUCCUUUUUCACUUUGACAGCCAUUUUUGUCUAUUGUACGAUGUGUUGGAGAAGUGUCCGAUUUAACUUGAUGACCCAACCAACCCAUCAAACACCACUGUAAAAUAUCAGGUGUAAUCAUGAGUGGUUAAAACAAUCAAGUGUUCUUAUUUAAUUUUAGGUAGUAAGUAAGCUGUGUUUAAAUAACAGGUUUGUGAAGUCGAUCUUUGUCAAACAUUUAUACUGAUUUUUUUCCGGUGGCCUUUGUGUGUUUGACAGUAGGAAAUAUUUCAAAUGUUUAAAGUAAUAGAGAUGUUGUUCAUGACAAACUUUGCAUUACAUAAAGUGAUACCGAUUUAGUUUUUUGCAGUUUUAGAAUAAGCCAGAAGUGAUUAUUAAUCUUCCUGAUUCCACAACAUCUGUUACACCACUUCUCUGUUUGUUGUGCUUCACGUCAUGAGACCCAGGAAACUUUUGGAACUGACAUCCUUCUGUUAUCUUAACUCAGAUCUUUUCUUACAUCACCACAUUAAACUGCAGUAUGCCCACAUGGGAAUAUAGUUUUGUUUUCCCAGGC